AUGACGGAGGUUGAUGAGAGAUGCCACCGAUUUGGCGAAGGAGCCGAUUGUUGCUAUUACGAAUUUCCUUGGUAUGCCGUUGAGGUGGUCCGCUCUCACCGGGCUGUUUUGGAAUUGAUAAUAACUGUUUCUUUUUGUUGUGCAAAUGUUCAGGAUUACUUUGGAAAAAAAAGGCAUAGACCAUGGCAAGUUACAAUACGCCGGUUUGGUCAUGAAGAAGGUAAUGAAGAUGGAAGCAACAAGUAUAUUUUUGGAUAUUGUAAAUGGUGUUGGGUAUUUGGUUAUGAUAUGGUUUUGACAGACUUUCUCCUUUUAAGAUUUAAACCCUUUGCGCUUCUACCAGUAACAUAUGUGAAAUCAUGCUCAACUGAUACAUCUGACUUGAUUGUUCUUACAUUGCCUUUUCACUGCAUUAGAGAAAUAUCUAUUAUACUAAUGCAUGCAACAAAAAGCACCCAUAUAAUAUUUGUUUGUCGAACAACAACUGUAAAGGCUCCAACCUUACCAAUGCACUUAACCAGUAGUUCUUUUCCAAACUUGCAAGAUACAUGGCCAGCACAGCAGUAA